AUCAAACUUCUCAGUUUAUUAAAAAAAAAAACCAACUUUGAAGGACAAAAAAAAAUCAGAGCUCACUCACUCUCUCUCUGAGAACCCUAGCAUGGGAUUUCCCGUAGGAUACACAGAGGUUUUCUUACCGAAGCUAUUCGUACAAACGCUUUCAAUUCUAGGCUUCAUCAGAACCGUCGUCUUCUCCAUCUUCCGCUUCUUGGGUCUCUCAGAUUUUCUCGAGAUGGACCAAACCUGGCCCGACUACACAACGCACCCGACCCGAACACCCGAAACCCGCUCACCCUUCUCCGCGCUCCUUAUCAGAGAGAUCUUACCGGUUAUCAAAUUCGAAGAGAUAACAAACUCCGGAGAAGAUUUACCGGAAAACUGCGCAGUCUGUCUAUACGAGUUCGAAGGGGAGCAAGAGAUCCGGUGGCUGAGAAACUGCAAACAUAUAUUCCACAGGAGCUGUCUUGACCGUUGGAUGGAUCAUGAUCAGAAGACGUGUCCACUCUGCAGAACACCGUUCGUUCCAGAUGAGAUGCAAGAAGAGUUUAAUCAACGGCUAUGGGCUGCUUCUGGUGUUCAUGAUUUUCACAGUGAGUACUGUCCCGUCACCGAAUUAUUAUAGAAAACAGAGACACCACGCUUUCUUUCUUUUUUCUUUUUUUUUUUAAGUUGUUGUUGUUUUUGACUUUUCACCCCUCUCCCCUUCUUCCCUCUUGUACUUUUUGAUUUUGCUUUCUUCACCCUUUUACUGACACUAAUUAUAUUUGCCACGCUUUUAUGUGUGUAUGUAUACUACUACCAUAUGAAUGAGAGAUGAGCAAUAAACUACUA